AUGGCUGACUGGAGUCUGCUUGGGAACUUUCUAGAAGAAGUCCAGGAACAUUCCACUUCGGUGGGAAAGGUCUGGCUCACCAUUCUUUUCAUCUUCCGGAUCCUGGUCCUGGGCACAGCUGCUGAGUCCUCGUGGGGUGACGAGCAGGAAGACUUCACCUGCGACACGGAGCAGCCCGGCUGUGAGAACGUUUGUUAUGACCGAGCCUUUCCCAUUGCGCAUAUCCGCUUCUGGGUGCUCCAGAUUGUGUUCGUGUCCACACCUUCUCUCAUCUACAUGGCACACGCGAUGCACAGUGUCCGCAGAGAGGAGAAGAGGAGGAAAGAGCAGGAAGAAGGAGCGCAAACAGACAGAGAUGGAAAAAAGUACCCAGAGGAAGACAAGAACUGUGGGAAGGAGGAUGAAGGUGGAGGUGGGAAGUUGCAAUUGAAGGGUGCUUUGCUACAAACAUACGUACUAAGCAUCCUCAUCCGCUCUGUAAUGGAAGUGAUCUUCAUUAUAGUCCAGUACCUGAUCUAUGGAGUCUUCCUCAAUACGCUCUACGUGUGUAAGGCCUCACCGUGUCCACAUCUGGUCAACUGCUACAUCUCGAGACCUACGGAGAAGAAUGUGUUUAUUGUGUUUAUGCUAGUGGUCACGGCUGUCUCGCUGUUGCUUAACGUCGUGGAACUGUAUCAUUUGGCGUGGAAGCAGUUUAAGAGUUGUUUGCAAAGAUACAAGGCUUCCAAACAGCGACCGAAUACACCAUCCACCGUGGCUGCAGUCUCACCAAACCUGUUCACACCAAACCGAGCUUGCACUCCACCUCCUGACUUCAAUCAGUGCCUGGCAUCACCACCAUCUUCCCCUACCAUACAGACACAUGCACACUCACUUAUACACCCAACCUGCCCACCUUUUCAUGACCGACUGGCGCACCAGCAAAACUCGGAGAACAUGGUCACCGAACGCCAUCGAGGUCAAAACUUCCUAGGGGUCAACUUCUUGAGCUUCUCGCAUGCACCGACAGAGACGCCCAACUCAUGCACCUCGCCUUCUUUUCUAAGCAGUGAAUCUGUUGCGGACAAGCGAAGGUUUAGCAAGAGCAGCGUGACCAGCAGCCGCAUGAGACCGGACGACCUUGCAGUAUAGCACUGACCAAUCGCAUCUGAAAAAGGUUCAUCUAGAAAAAGGGUCACUAGUCAUAAAACAGUUACGGGAUUUUGCACUUGACCUAACAUUUAUUUCAUUGCUGUCUGAUAGGCUGAGCCAGAAUAUCAAUUCACACGUUUGCACAAAUGCAUAAUGUGAGUGAUGCAUAAAGAGAAACAUGAAAUUA